UCGAAUCAAGCGCGCGCGCGUGUGAAGCUAGAGGGACCGCAACAGAGACACAACAACAGCAGCACAUUCACAGAGUAUUUACAUACGACAGGAGCCAGAUGAAAGACGAGAAAUGCCAAAUGUGUUCGGAGGGUGUUUUCGAGGCGAUGGUGGUCUGGUGAAGAAUGAUUUCUGUCACAUCUGAUGGACAGCGCGCGGAGCAGCAGAGGGAAUCCGCGUGCGGUCACGGUCUUCAUUCUCAGCGCCUGUCAUUUGUUCAUGUUUGGCGUCGUUUAUUAACGCCCAGCUAGAAUUAGGAGUGAAAUCAAAUAGGCAUUUUAAAUAGCGCAAAGGGGAAGAACUGCGUUUCUCCGCCGUGAGCAUCAACUGCAGGAGCAGGAAUGUGACAUUUUACACACGCGCAUUCAUCUAUCACACACAUCGGAUGCUUUAAUCGAUGAAGGGUCCAUCUCUUAGACCAUAAUUUUCAAGACAAUCACAACUGAAUAUAUCUUAUACUAAGAUGUCAUUAUUUCGUGUGGUGUUCCUGCUGCUCACUGGUCUGGCUGUGAGUUUGUCUGAAGAUGAGAAGGCCACGGUCCCGUUUGGCUGCAGAUUUGGACCUCCACGACCCUACACCCUGUUGUGUGACCUGGAUGCUGUUUGGGGCGUGGUGGUGGAGCUCGUAGCAGCGGCCGGUGUGUUCGCUGCCAUCUUACUCGUGAUGGUGUUACUGUGUCGCCUGCACUCAGUGAGCGAGGCACCACGGCGAAGUGGCAUCGGACCCAUUCUCUUACUGUUAAUGGGCAUUAUUGGGCUGUUUGGGCUUAGCUUUGCAUACCUUGUUGAGCAAAAUGAAAGCAUCUGUGUGGUGCGACGUGCCCUGUGGGGUUUGUUUUUCUCCCUCUGCUUUGCCUGCAUGCUAACACAGGGCUGGAGGCUACGCAAGCUAGCAUGUGAGUCUCGUAGCCCGGGCGGGUGUGCCCUCGUUGGACUAGUGCUGGGGUUAACCGCAGUACAAGCUAUCAUUGCUGCGGAGUGGCUGUUCCUAACAGUGCUGCGGGAGGGUAACCUGGCGUGCGAGUAUCAGCCGCUGGACUUUGCACUCGCUUGUGCCUAUGUGGUGGCACUCCUGCUGGCUGCCCUCGUAACUGCAACAUUAGCGCUGUGUGGGAAGGCACGGCAAUGGCACUGUAACGUUGUGUGGCUCCUGGUCUCCUGCUUGCUGUCCAUUCUCCUGUGGGUGGCUUGGGUUGGUUUCUACGUCUAUGGAAACAAAGUGCUUGAGAAGUCUCCGGACUGGGAUGAUCCAGCAUUGGCUGUGGCCCUGGUAGCACAGGGUUGGCUGUUAUUGCUGUGCCACGCUGCUCCUGAAGCCCACGCCUGUCUUCGAUCCCCACCUCAGCCUUCAGCUCCGGACUAUUUUGACACAUCUCAGAAUUCAUCACACAUGAGAGACGCCAGCCUUGAUGAGGACAUCCCACUUUCACACAGGCAGUUUGUGGAGAGCCAGGGAUACGCGUUUGAUGAAAAUGCUGCAGGGUUGAGAAGUGGUGGCCAUCAUAACGGCAACACAGGGGCCAGACCCAGCGCACCCUUCAGAAGUAACGUCUACCAGCCGACUGAGAUGACCAUGAUACUAAACGGAGGAGCAGUUCCAUCCGCGCCUCCCACAUACACAGGAAGACAGCUUUGGUGAAGGAGAAGGGGGACUGGAGAAGUGGUGUAACCUCUCAAGUGAACACAGACUUACAGUGAGACUGAAACACAGGUCUCUGAUGACGGCGUGUGUGUGUGUGUGUGUGUGUGUGUGAGAGCAGUCUGACAAGCAUUAUACAAGGAUGUUAACACUGGACACCUCUUUGCACCAUCAAUAGGUGUAGUGAUUUUGAGUUAGUGUACUGGUAAAAAUAUUGAUGCGAUUGAUUUUCAUUCCCACAGUAUUUAGAUUUGAUAAUUGUGUCAGAUACUCCUGAAUAGUUCUCUCGCUCUGGCUUCAGAUUCACCCUGAAGUCCUAUCGUAUGUUACAUGAAGAAGUUGAACAGAUCCGUCUGUAUUUCAGUUGUGAUUGUGCAGUAUAACUUUUAUCAUUGUGUGAUAACUGGGUUCAGUACCUCAGUUUUUUAUUCUUUCAUGAGUAGUGUGUGUAGGAAUGAUUGACGUCAAUCCCAUGCUCCGUGCUGUGACAGAUCUGUAGUGUUCUUCUGUGGACUCGUUAGCUGAAAUCUCACUCAAUUCUGACCAACACCAUGCUGCAAAUGGGCUGUAUUUUUAUACUUCAAAUGAUUAUUUUAAAUAUUUAACCAGUUUUGAGCUCUGCUCUGUUUAACAGUUCUACAGCUAACAGUGCUCUUUAUACAGGGCUGUAACUUUCUGAAAGGGACAGUGAGCUGUAUGCACGCAGAGUCCUAAACCACAUCACAUUAACGGAUCUAUAUUACGCUGUUUUCACAAACCAAGUGUGAGCAUUCGGUUGAUUGCUUGGUCCAGUUCAGAGUUCGACUCCACCCUCCUCCCCUGGUUAUACAAGGUACAAAAAGCCUAAUAAUAUGCUGCCACCAUCCUCUGAGAAUGCCAAGAUGUAAAUUAGACGUCAUCAAUAGCAGUGUACUUUCACCAGUUAUGUUGGAUUGCUGAAGUCUAUCUGAAGCGUGGUUCACUGAUGCACACCUGAGAUUUCACUGGUCUGUGUAGGUGAGUAUAGAUCUGCUGUUGGGUGGUGUGCUCACAGUUUCAUUGUAGAGCGUAGUUCAUCUUAACAUAGCAUCAAGCCUAAACCCUCAGUAACCAACCACAGGGUGAGAUAGCUAAUAUAAUAAUAAUAAACUAAUAACAAUAAACUAAGAUCUAUCCUAAGAUCUAUUGAUUUUUCAUACAUAUUUUGUUGGAUUUGAUGUGUUAAAGUGCAGUUCUCUAGCUAUAGCACGCAUCAGCAUGAACGCCCUCCUCUGGUCACUUUAUUUCUACUGUCCUGGUGGGGCAGUGUGAAGAGAAUUUUAAAUUAAACUGUGAAAAGUUACCUAUCUGAACACUAACGUGUAAUGCUUUAUGGCACAGACCGUAUUUGAAGCUAACUGUUAUCAGAGUACAAUGAGAAGCUCACUAGUAAUGUACUGAUGACAUGUUUGUGUCUGGCCUCAGUCCCUCUACACAAGCAUUAUUAGACUUCCUGAAGGUGCUGUGUGAAGAGAAGGCGUCCUGUUGUGUAUUACAGCCUUUAUAUUAAUAUCUCGUUUAUUGUUUCUGUUGUUUGGUCAGCUCCUGUAUAUGUGUGUGUAUAUAAUAUGCACACAUGACGUGUUUGUCAGGACAUGACGGUCAUAAAAUAACCUGUGUACUGUAUUUUCACAUGACUGAAAAUAAUGAAUAAGGCAAUGUAGUGUGAUAUAAUGAGAUGAAGUUUGGUUGGUAACCUGUCCGUAGAGUAAGAAAAACAACGAGAUAUGCAGGUAAUGUGUGUUUCCUGAAAUCUUCCAUACUACUGAACUUCCCUUGUUUCUGUGUUCGUCACAUCUCUCACCUCGCCGUUGUUUUGCCCUCGGUCAUCAUUUCCCCAAAAACAAUCUGUAUGGAAUAAAACCAUUCAACAACCA